CCCAAAACAUAUCUGCAUCGCAAAAUGAUAGUGAUAUUAGUAUGGCCGAUGCAGGGGAGGAGGUAGUCAACCAACAUGAAGAUGUUGUUGCACUAUUGCAAAGGUAUUUUAAUGUUCCCAAUGGCUAUGAAAUUGCUGAUUCACCAAUAAUCGUUUCAGGUCAACCACAUGGACUUAGGAUUGCACCGGAUAUUGCAGUACGUCCGAAUAAGACAUACGUUCCAAGAACCGCACCAGGAGUCUAG